AUGAGCGAAUAUAUUCUCAAAGUCAUCGAACAUUACAAGCAACCUAACCCUGAAGGUUUACCAGGAGUUAAAUUCCCAGAUCCCUAUUAUAUCCCUGAUAUAAGGCAGCCUUUAGGUUUCGCAACCAGCCUUGUGUUUUCGGAAACUAAACUAUAUGGUGUUAAUAAAUUUCGUAUGCCUUAUAUUAUUGCUGAUCUUGGAAAAAUGCAGUGCAGUGCCACGCUGGAAUUGGAUAACUUACAAAUUCGGGGAAAAUAUUCAUACAAUAUGUUUCUGAAUUCCCACCAAGGAAGUUUUACUGCUAAUAUAACUGGUAUUAGAAAUAUUGCUGUAGCCACGCUUGGAGUUGAAAGAGAUGGAAAAUUGAGGGCCCAAAAUAUAUCUAUUGAUAUAACAUUUAAGAAUAUCGCUGUAAAUUUUGAAAAUGCUGGUUUAUUAGCUGUCCUAUUACAAGGAGUAUUUAAUUCGAUGGGUGCUUUCCUUUAUGAUUCUAUCAAGCCGUACAUACUAAGAGACGCGCACGAAAAUGUGAGAGAGGCAAUAAAUAGCAAAAUAGACCAAUUUGUUGGAGAUAUUAAAUUCCCUAAUACAAUAUCACCGUUGGACAUGAUCAUGGUAGAUCUUAGAAAGAAAAUUAAACUAAUGAAGAUGGAUCCAUUGGAAAUUGACGAUUAUUAUACAAAUCUUAAUAUUUUUAAAAUAAGUAUUAACAACACGCGUAUAAAAGGCUUAUCAUCUUUACAUCGUAUGGGAAACAUUAGUUUUAAAAUAGAAAAUCAUACAGUAAUAGCAGAUUUUAAUAUAGGAAGUCAGGAACUAGAAGGCUCCACUCGAUGGGAGUUUUCUGGGAUUAAAGGUUUUAUCUCUGUAGCAGGUACAAAUUCAUUUUCAAUUCAACAUAUAAAAGUAAAAUUUAAACUCGUACAGGCAUUAGAUACCAGAAAACGAAUGGAAUUGAAAGAUUUAGAAGUUGAGGUGGGAAAUAUACAACUGCGUUCAGAUGGGGCGGGAACAAUGGAUUAUUUGCUCGAACUCACAGCCAAUAUAUUACCAAAUUUAUUAAGAUAUCAAAUAUUACGUACUUUACAGAAUCCAUUAAGAUGGAAAUUACAACAAGAGCUAAACGAGAUCAAUAUUGAAGAAGAAAUUAUAAAUAAAUUACCAGAAAUAGAUAAAAUGCAGGAGAUUGGAUUUAAGCUUUCUGAAUUUAGAUUUUUAAAUUACACAGAUGAACCGUGCUAUGAUGAGGAUGAUUUUUUUAAUUUU